AUGCGCAGUAUCUAUUCCACUGAAGAAGCAGACAUGGCGACGUCCCUGAUCUGCGGCCGUUUGACGGCUAGCCUCAGAAACUCUGGGGCUAGAAACACUAUCACCUCCGCUUCCAAGGUUCUGGGUGGUUCCUCAGGUCUGUUUGGAGGCCAUGUGCCCCAGCCUCAGCCCCCCCACCUGCAGCAGCAGCAGAGGAACCUGUCCCUGCAUGAGUACAUGAGCAUCGGCCUGCUCAAAGAGGCCGGUAUCUCAGUGCCAGCCGGCAUGGUGGCCAGCUCAUCAGAGGAGGCCUACGCCGUGGCCAAGGAGAUUGGAUCUAAGGACCUGGUGGUGAAGGCCCAGGUGUUGGCUGGAGGCAGAGGGAAGGGGACGUUUGAGGGUGGACUGAAAGGAGGCGUGAGGAUCGUCUAUUCACCGGAGGAGGCCCGUGACAUUUCAUCUCAGAUGAUCGGUCGUAAAUUAUACACCAAGCAGACCGGGGAGGCGGGUCGCAUCUGCAACCAGGUGUUCAUCUGUGAGCGCAGAUACCCACGCAGAGAGUACUACUUCGCCAUCACCAUGGAGCGCUCCUAUCAGGGGCCCGUGCUGAUUGGCAGCUCACAGGGGGGCGUGAACAUUGAAGAUGUUGCGGCGGAAAACCCAGACGCCAUCGUGAAGGAGCCCAUUGACAUUGUGGAGGGCAUUAAGAUGGAGCAGGCUGUCAAGGUCGCUCAGAAGAUGGGCUUCCCACCAGCGCUGAUAAACGAGGCCGCGGAGAACAUGAUCAAACUGUACAAUCUAUUCAUCAAAUAUGACGCCUCCAUGGUGGAAAUCAACCCUAUGGUGGAGGACUCCUCUGGCAUCGUCAUGUGCAUGGACGCCAAGAUCAACUUCGACUCCAACGCAGCGUACCGCCAGAAGAUGGUGUUCGACAUGCAAGACUGGACCCAGGAGGACCCCAGAGACCGGCAGGCGGCCAAAGCGGACCUCAACUACAUCGGCCUGGACGGAACCAUCGGCUGCCUGGUCAAUGGAGCCGGUCUGGCCAUGGCCACCAUGGAUAUCAUCAAACUCCAUGGUGGCACGCCAGCCAACUUCCUGGAUGUGGGGGGUGGAGCCACAGCUCAUCAGGUGACUGAGGCCUUCAAACUCAUCACCUCUGACAGGAAGGUUCAGGCCAUCCUGGUCAACAUCUUUGGAGGAAUCAUGAGAUGUGAUGUCAUCGCCCAGGGCAUCAUCAUGGCUGUGAGAGACCUGGACCUCAAGAUCCCCAUCGUAGUGCGGUUACAAGGGACAAGAGUGGACGAUGCCAAAGCCCUGAUCGCUGCCAGUCCGCUGAAAAUCCUGGCUUGCGACGACCUGGAUGAAGCCGCCAAAAUGGUUGUGAAGCUUUCUGAAAUCGUCUCUCUGGCUAAGGAAGCUCAAGUAGACAUCACCUUCCAGCUGCCCAUCUAAGAAACCUCGACCUUUGACCUCUGCGACUCCCACCACCCUUUCUUUUACAUCUGCCCGGACACAUCCACGGCAACUCUCCACUUUAUUCCACUCCAGACUCAGACACCUAGACGAGACCCUCCCUCUGAGACCAAAUGAGCUGAUUUUCGGGGUCCUUAGGUCUUCCCGUUUGAUCUUUCUUUCUCUGCGGCGCAGUGACACGACUCAAUACAGGCUUCCAACAUGACGCUAGCACCCCCAAUCGCCGCCUCAUCGUCGGAACCCCCCCCCCCACACACGUCUCCUCAAAACCAACAAAGGUUUAUUGCACUCGAGUCGAUACGCACAAACCCUCCUUUCACCUCCACGCUCUGCCUGCCUCUUUGGGAAAUAAAACUUUGGUAGACCUUGAGAGACGUCGCUGUAAAACAGUGCUGUUACAUCAAAUUUUAUCGCAAAACUGUAAAAGCAUCAGAAUAAAACGAUUGUAAUGCAGCUAGUUUUCAUAAACACACACACACAUAGUUCUGCAUGAGCCCCUGUUGAGUGUGCUGUCUCUAAAUAGGAAUGUACAAAAAUAAAGAAUGGACUCGUU